CGGUAAAGUUCUAACCACGCCCACUGCGAACAUGGAGUUCUGCAUUCCAUUGAGUAGAGACGAGCUUUUACCGAGCAAAGAUGGAGGUAGAGGUGAUGGCUAUACAGUUAGAGACUUACUGACCUCGCAAGAAUUAACGAGCAGGAUUGAUGAAUGUCAGUCCUUGUUUGCUGAAGGAGGUGUCAGUGCCAUUACUGAGUCCUUUGAUACACUCUACAAUGUCUUGCAUCAUUUUAGCUCAAUCGCUCAAACUGUCCGAGAACAUUACUGGAACAUUGUCAUUGAAGCUUUGGUUGAUGCAUGUCGUAUAGCCGUCAAUGUGGUUUCCAUAGAAACAGUCGAUAAACCGAUGCAGAGAUCAAUUAUUAAGAUGCUGGUGUACAUUGUGUGUCAGUUCAUUGAUGAGUUUGAGUCACUGGUUAUUAAUAAGGAGACAAUGACGAUUACAAAGAACAGGAAGACUAAGAAGUCAUCAGCUAAUGAUGAUAGGUGUGGCCUAAUGUGGGAGGGAGAGAGGGAAAGAGUUCUUGUCACUCUAACCCAAUUCCUUGAUCAAGAUUUAACGCAAUUUUGGGACCCACCCGCCCCAGAAAUGCUUGAGGAUAUUACAAAUCUUGUAGUGGGCGUGUGUUGUAAAAUGCUUGAGAACCCUAGUGUCUGUAGAGUGAAGGACCUCAGGGGACCUAUCGGCUCGCUACUGGGUCUCAUUGCUAAGAAAUACAAUCAGAAACAAAACGUCAGCUUGAAACUGGUUCAGUUGGUGCAGGCGACUGAUCAUUGUGUGUCAGCGGUGAGCGGAGUGAUAAAACUAAUCAUUGAUGAAUAUGACAUUCACUCACUAGUCACUGAUAUCAUAAAGUUGAUCACUGAUAUUGAUCCACAAGACAUGAGUAUUGAUUCCAGCGGUACUAAAAACUAUUCUUCAUUUUUGGUCGAGUUGUCUGGUCUGGUAGCAGCUGACAUGCUUCCCUCUAUUGAACCGUUGUUACUCCAUCUUGAAGGAGAGUCAUAUAUCAUGCGAAAUGCUGUGUUAACGGCCUUUGGUGAGAUCAUAGUAUCUUCGCUAACCGGAUCAGAAAUCAGCAUGGAAUCACGCAACACUCGUAACCUUUUGCUUGAGAGACUCACUGAUCACAUUCAUGACGUCAACGCUUUCGUGAGAAGCAAGUGCCUUCAAAUUUGGCAAGAACUUUUUCAAAAUGGCGCCGUACCUCUCACUCAUCAGAAAGGAUUGCUUGCCCUCGUGAGAGGCAGAGUGAAGGACAAGAGCAGCAUAGUGAGGAAGAACUCACUCCAGCUGUUAACGAUAUUCAUUACUCAUAAUCCUUACGGUCCUAAUCUGAGUAUUGGUAGAUUUAAAAAAGAUUUGAGCGGAGAAGAAGAUAAAUUGAAAGGAAUGCUGCCAUCAAAAUAUCUGAACAGAGAAAGAGAAGGAGAAAUGGAAGGAGGAGAGAGAGAAGGAGAGAGUGGAGAAGAUGGAAAAGAAGAUGGAAAAGAAGACAUAGAAAAUGGAGAUGAGGCUGAUUCCGCUGAAGUUGAGUCUCAUAAAGUAGAAGUUGCUAAGCAAAUGGCUGUUGUUCAAUAUCACAGGGACGCUCUUGAUUUCGUGGAAGAAAUAUCAAAAUGUCUUCCAGUAUCAGCUCAGCUGUUAGGAUCUAAACUCAAUACUGACGUAUCAGAAUCGCUUCAGUUCUUAGCAGCUGCCGUUCAGUUUGAGCUACCCGACUCACAGCAGUACAUAAAGAAGUCCCUGGUCCUGUCCUGGUCCUUGGAGCAGUCAAUCAAAGAUCUCCUGAUAAGUGUUUAUGUAAGGCUCUACCUGACUCCGCCUGAUUCCUGUCCUCCUGGCAGCUCCAGCUCUUACAUAGCCAGUAACCUCAUCGCUCUGCUUGACACACCCACUCUCACCCUUGGGGACCUCUCCUCACUACAGCAAUUAAUUAAUCUGCUAAUAAAAGCCGGUCACAUUCCCAAGCCAGUUUUGGGUAUACUGUGGGAUGUGUUCUCUGGUUCUUUUCCCGGUUCUUCACCCGCCAAUUCUCUCAACGCCCUCAUACUGCUGACGAUGAUGGGAGAGACAGAGAGAGAGAGUAUUCAGGCCAAUGUGUUGCUAUUACUUGAGUAUGGUUUGAAAAUAGACAAUCUUAUCAAGGCUAAGUGGUCCUGCAUUGCCUUGCAGAAAUUAAGUGGGUGUGGGCAUGGUCUCAGGUAUCUGCCCACACACGAGAUAUUUGUCAAGAUAUCGGAGUUGCUACUGGCAACGUUUGAGUCUCACUCCACCUACCACUGGAGCCCACUAGCCGAGCAGGCGAUCAUUUUGAUUUAUGCGCUGGCUGAUGGACCCGACCUUAUCAUGGGACGAAUCAUUAAAGGAAUGGCCUCUAGGUUGUUUGGGGGCGGGGCUUGUUCCAAGACCACACCCACUGAAUCUAUUGAUGAGGAUAGUGUAGGAGGAUUUGUUAUUCCGUCGUCUAUUUCAUCUCUUGCUCUGUCGAGGUUCUUUUAUGUUCUCGGUCAAACGGCGAAGCAGUUCCUGAUUCACUUGGAGGUGAGUGUAAGCAAGGAAAGGAAGAGAAGAAGAACUGACAAGAAAAGAGCAAAAACUAAAGAAGAUAAUGAAGUAAAGGAGGAUGAUAAUGAUGACAUUGGUCUUUCUGGUGCUACUGAAGAUGAUGUAGAGUCGGAAUUAUUCAAGAAAGUUUGUGACACUGAAGUGUGUGGGAGUGGCUUACUCGGGUCACUCCUCCCACUAUUGGUUACCGUGGUAACUAAACCAGGAGUGUACGCAUCACGUGAGCUACAAUCUUCAGCAACUUUAUCACUUUCCAAGUUCAUGUUACUCAGUUCAAGGCUCUGUGAUAAAUAUUUAAGAUUACUGUUUAGUUUGUUGGAGAAUUCACCAGAUCCUGUCGUCAGAUCCAACAUAAUAAUAUCACUCGGAGAUAUGACCAUUAGAUAUCCUAACUUGAUUGAACCAUGGACUCCUCAUCUUUAUUCAAGGUUAAGGGAUCCUGUUUAUGAGGUUCGUCUCAACAGUGUGGUAGUCCUGACCCACCUCAUUCUUAACGACAUGGUAAAGGUCAAAGGUCAGAUCAGCGAGAUGGCGCUGUGUCUUGAAGAUUCUGAGACUAGAAUUAUUGAUCGGACGAAACUGUUCUUUCAUGAGCUAUCGCAAAAGGGAAAUGCUCUGUACAACAUAAUCCCUGACAUCAUUAGUCAUUUGUCUGAUCCUGUUAAUGCCAGCAAUGUAACUCCAGAUACUUUUAGAAAUAUUAUGAAGUAUUUGUUAAGUUUUGUUAAGAAGGAGAGACAGAGCGAAGGUUUGGUGGAGAAACUCUGUCACAGGUUUAGAGCAACAAGGACGGAGCAGCAGAGCAGGGAUCUUGCCUUUUGCUUGUCGCAGCUGAACGUCAACGAAAGAGGUCUUAGAAAACUUCAUGAAAACCUUCCCUGCUACCAAGGACUCCUGAGUGACACUGAAGUAUACAAUAGUUUACUGACUGCUGUUAGUAAGGGAAAGAAGCUGGCAAAAGGAGACAAGAAACCUAUGUAUGAAGAGUUUGAGACCAAAUUAGCUGACAUUCAUCACAAAGGAUCGGAGACUGAUGAAAAUAUCCCCCCCGAGACUCCAUCAGCACUCAACAAAGAAGCCGGCGUUCCCGGAAGUACGGCUAAAAGGGCAGGACGAGUUUCAUUGCUGACUCCCUCCGCCUAUAACCCUCUGGAGGACUCUAUCACUGGCCCCACCCUCUCAUCAGCUCGUAGAACCGGUCUGACCAGUUUGAAAAAAGACACGACUAAAAAAUCUUCAAGGAAAGGACGAAGGAAAAAAGUUUGCGUUAUUGCACCUGAUAGCGACGAGGAUUAAUUAAUGGACCACACCCAACUAUAGCAGCACUAGCAUACAGUACAUGUACAUGUAUUGUGUAUGAUUUUAACAUGCCUGUUUCCAA